CUUCCAGCCUUGAAGGUCAAGCCUGACCCUUCCCUCAAAUCGUGUUUAUCGCCCUCCAUUGACCCACAACGAAAACUCCCGGAAGAUUCCACCACCUUUGUUCACGAACAGUCCAAGCUGCCUGACGCACACCCAUCGUUCGUGGAUCCAAACGACAACGUCAGUCCCAUCAAUCACGGGUUGAAUGGCAGAGCCUCUGACGAGAUCAACACCUCCAGACUCACCUCAGAAUCGACCACCCAGGCGUUGGAAGUGCCUGGGUCCCUCCAGCAUCCAAACGCUUCCCAGGAAGCCACCCGAAAAUUGCAUCUUCUUAUUGGUAUCACGGGCUGCAUAUCAAUUCUGAAAAACGUAUUUCUUAUCAUAGAAAAACUCUUUGAGUUGUAUACUCCUGAAAAGCUCGAGAUUCAGGUGGUUUUGACCAAAUCAGCAGAAUGGUUCUUAACGGAUAAACUCUACAAAUUUGAAAACUUAGGUGUCAAAGUAUGGUUCAGUGACGACGGUGAGGCCUAUUAUAUGGAGUCCAAGGUGGAGCAACAAAUGUCGGGAGAAGCGAAGCCAGCAUUUCAAAUGUAUUUGGCGCCUGAACUACAGAAAUGGACUGACGUGCUCUUGUUGGCCCCGUUAUCUGCAAACACUCUUGCAAAGCUCAUUAAUGGGCUUGCUGAUAACUUGUUGACGGAUAUUCUACACACUUGGCCAACACCCCAGCCUCAAACACACUCGGUGGCCCACAACAUCGACAACACGGUUUUAACCAACAACAUCAUCUCGCCAAAGCCAAUAGUGGCGGCAUUAGCAUUGACAAAUUCCAUGUAUUCACACCCCAUCACCAAACGCCAAUUGGCAUUGUUACAAGAUACCUACCCUAAUGUGUCGAUUUUAAAACCAGUGGAGAAGUGCGUGGAUGUGGACGGAAACAUCGCCAUGGGAGGGAUGCGCUCGUGGAGGGAAGUGGUGGACUUUGUGCUGAAGAAGUUAGGAGAGCCCGAGGACGAUGAGGAUGACGAGGAUGAUGACGACACACAAAACGAUGAAGACGAUAUCACCGACUCAAAUUCGGCCACCCCAAGAUCUCGUCUGAACACCUUGACCCGCAAAGAGCUCCAGGAGCACGAAGAGCUUGCCUCGAAGAAUGCCAUUCUCAACACGGGA